CUAGAAGCUUCCACACCCUUCCCUCCAGGCUCCGGACAAAUCUCGUCUGGCUCUCUUUCUAUUACCGUCCCUGUUACAAACAAUCCCACCCAACGCCGCCACCGGAACGUCUGUUCUUCCACCACCAAUUCAAGCUACUCAAAACCCGAAUAACGCAUUAGUAUUUAGUAGUAUCAUCACCAAUCAAUCAGAAGAAGAAGAAGAAAGAACACAGUAGCGGAAGAUAUGGGCGUCGAUUAUUACAAGAUCUUACAGGUCGAUAAAAACGCCAACGACGAUGAUCUUAAGAAAGCAUACAGGAAGCUUGCUAUGAAGUGGCACCCUGAUAAAAAUCCCAACAACAAAAAAGAAGCCGAAGCCAAGUUCAAGCAGAUCUCUGAAGCCUAUGAUGUUCUCAGUGAUACCCAGAAGAGAGCUAUCUAUGACCAAUAUGGCGAGGAGGGACUUAAAGGGCAAGUUCCUCCACCCGGUGGGGCUUCCUUCUUCCAAAGCGGAGAUGGCCCGAAUGUGUUCAGAUUCACUUCUAGAAGUGCAAACGACAUUUUUGCGGAGUUCUUCGGCUCCUCGAGACCGUUCGGAGGCAUGGGAGGAGGCGGAGCUAUGAAAGGCGGUUCGAGGUUCCCUGGUGGUGGUGGUGGUUAUUUUGGGGACGAUAUAUUUGGGUCGUUCAGGGAGAGCUCCAUGAAUCAGGCUCCCCGUAAGGCUGCUCCAAUAGAGAAUCACUUGCCAUGUAGCCUUGAGGAGCUUUAUAAGGGAACUACCAAGAAAAUGAAGAUCUCAAGAGAGAUCACCGACAUAAGUGGGAAAAGCAUGCCAGUGGAAGAAAUUCUAACCAUUGACAUUAAGCCCGGCUGGAAGAAGGGGACGAAAAUCACGUUCCCUGAGAAAGGGAAUGAGCAGCCAAAUGUUAUCCCUGCAGACCUUGUAUUCAUCAUUGAUGAGAAACCACAUGAUGUUUUCACAAGGGAUGGAAACGACCUAGUUGUCACACAGAAGAUAUCACUUGCCGAAGCCUUGACGGGUUACACUGUAAACUUAAAGACACUUGAUGGUAGGAGCCUGAGCGUACCCAUUAACAAUGUGAUCCACCCAAGUUAUGAGGAGAUCAUCCCAAGAGAGGGAAUGCCACUACAGAAGGACCCUUCAAAGAGGGGAAACUUGAGAAUCAAGUUCAACAUCAAGUUCCCUACGAGACUAACCUCUGAGCAGAAGGCUGGAGUCAAGAGACUGCUGAGUGCCUGAGUUGAGUCUGGCGGUUAAAAAUUUGCAGGGGCGACACAUGUGAAUAUUUUUCUCAGAAGGCUGUGUAGCUGGAUAUGUAGUUGGGUGCGGUUCAAUAUAUUUGUAAUUUAGUUGAGUAUAAACUUCAUUUUUUGAUGGUCCAAUUUAUUUUUGUUAGAUGUUUGUUUCCAUAUACUAGGCGAUUGAUUUUCUUGAGAUGGAAUAUACAUUGUAAUUUAUUUCAAGGUGAGAAAAAAAAAAGAACCUACUCAAAGUGAUUGUCAUUAGUUGAUUUCUCUGUUUCUUGACCA